GUGAAGGAUAGUGAAGGGUAGGCAUGUCGAAAACCAGCGGAGAUCACGUCAAACGUCCCAUGAACGCGUUCAUGGUGUGGUCUAGAGGUCAGAGGAGGAAAUUGGCUCAAGAAAAUCCAAAAAUGCAUAACUCGGAAAUUAGCAAGAGACUAGGAGCAGAAUGGAAACAACUAACAGAAUCCGAUAAGAGACCUUUUAUAGACGAGGCCAAACGUCUGAGAGCUCUACACAUGAAGGAACACCCCGACUAUAAAUACAGACCUAGAAGGAAACCUAAACCUUUGUUAAAGAAGGAUCAUAAUUACUUAACAGUACCACCCUGCUUUCCAUCUCCGUUAGAACCUCUGACAAGGUUUCCAUCGUUGGAUAGUGAGAAAGCUGUAACUGCACGUACUUUUCCACUUCCUCUAGCACCCCCGACCAUAGGUCCGUAUUUUGGGAAUAUGUACAAGAGCCGAGAAUUGACUGAACCCUACUACAACACGGCAGCUAGCAGUUUAUUGUCUUCGUUGUCACAUUCACACAAUACUUCUUACGGUAUGGUGUCGUGUGGAUGCUCACCUUACUUUUCCAACAUUCCUAACACGGUGACGGAUCUGCAACCUACUUACUUAUUCGUCAAACCGGACAUCUAGUCUUCAUAAUGUUCCUGUGGAAAGUGGUGACUAAUGUACAGUACAGUGGUGGAUAUUUAGUUGCAAUUUAGACUUGAGACAAACUUUCUAGUCUUCGGGAUCAUGCUACUAUAUUUUGUUGUGUCUAAGUAAGUACUGUGUUGAAUUUCUUUUGUUGAAAACAAAAUAUUUAUAGAGAUAAUCAAACUGUUGACAUUUAUUUACUAUUUUUUUUAAAUAGGCUAACGUAUAUAUACAUAUACAUAUAUAUAUAUACACACAUAUAUAAAUACAAUUAUUCUUUCAAAAUACAGAUCAAAUCUGUAAAUUACCCAUUUUUUUCGUCCCUUUUUUUUUUAAAGUUUUACGAAUGUAAAGAAGGCAGAGUCCUUGACUAACGUCAAGUUUUUGCUGUUCCUUGGGGGGAUGAAUAUAAAACCAUGUAUUUUGAUGUAACAUAUAUUGAAUAGAUGCAGUUGUACUAAGUGAUGUAUAUAAAUUAAUAAGCUAUCAAUCGAUAGCCAUUGUUAUUAAUUUUAAUUUUUGAGUGGUGUAUUAGUUCUGUUAAUAAAAAUUGAUU